AUGAACGGCUACGGCGACCAUGGGCACGAGGAGGACCCGUUUGGGCCAGCAAAGGGUGGAAUCGUAUCAAGUUUCGAUGCAUUCCCGAAAACCAAAAAGACAUACCUCGUCCAAGGUCGCAACUCCUCCGCAUGGACAGUAACGCUUAUAUUGACAUGCAUCUACCUCUCCUGGUCCGAGAUAUCGCGCUGGUUCGCUGGCACAACCUCGCAGUCGUUCGCCGUCGAGAAGGGCGUAUCCCACGACAUGCAACUGAACCUCGACGUGAUAGUAGCCAUGCGCUGCGCUGAUCUUCACGUCAACAUGCAAGACGCUGCUGGUGACCGCACCCUCGCCGGCGAACUCCUGCGCAAGGAUCCAACAUCAUGGUCGCAAUGGACUGGCAAGAACAUUGAGAGUGGAACGCACGAAUUGGGCAAAGAAAGCGGCAAGCAGGCACCUGGAUGGGAAGAGCUUUGGGAUGUCCACGAGCAGUUGGGCAAGGCGCGAAAGAGGAAGUUCAGCAAGACACCCCGGGUGCGCGGUCAGACUGACAGUUGCCGUAUCUACGGAAGUCUGAUCGGAAACAAGGUCCAAGGUGACUUCCACAUCACGGCGAGAGGCCAUGGAUACAUGGAGUUUGGAGAACAUCUGGACCAUUCCUCAUUCAACUUCUCUCAUAUCAUCCGCGAAAUGUCUUUUGGCCCGUACUAUCCCUCUCUCGUCAACCCCCUCGACUCCACUAUCGCUGUAACACCAACACCGGAUGAUAAGUUCUACAAGUUUCAGUACUACAUCUCUAUCGUGCCCACCAUCUACACCGACGACGCUUCGAUGAUUCCUCUCCUCCAAGCAAUCACGUCCACACAGGACCACCCUGCCUCGAACAUCUUCCACACCACGCACGCCAUCAAGACCAACCAAUACGCUGUUACUUCACAGUCUCACAAAGUACCAGAGACCUACGUACCCGGUGUGUUCGUUAAAUUCGAUAUCGAGCCGAUUAUGCUGGCCGUGGUAGAAGAGUCGGGAGGCUUCUGGAGGUUGAUUGUCAGGCUGGUCAACGUAGUGAGUGGCGUUAUGGUAGCUGGAAGCUGGGCAUGGCAGAUGUUUGAUUGGGGAAGUGAAGUUCUGGGUAAGAGGAGGAGAAGAGGCGAUGGCGUUGGUGUGCUCGGUACACCGUCUGUGGAAAAGAAGAGCUGGGAUUAA